GGACACGAGAUAUACACAUACAGUGACGUCAACACUAUUGUCAUUCACUGUCUGAUCCAGUGAUCAAUUGAUUGAAUCCUUUUAAAUAUAUAUUUAACUUAUUGUAUACUAAUUCAACUUCUGUGCCAAUUAUUCACACAAUUGAUUCAUUGAUCUAAAUAUCAUAACUUUAUUGCACAACAAUUACAACAAUAUGUCACUAAAUCUCCGUAAACACGACCACACUAUGGAUGGCAGUGAUUGGGAUCUAUCAAUGCUAUCACUGAAAGAAGCGCCGGUCGAUGAUCUUCAACGAAACCCGAAGGCCAGACGCGUUGAUUUGUCCAACAAUUCACUCGUAAGACUACCGGAUUCGUUUACAUCUUUGACACAUUUGGUUGUCUUAGACUUAAGCAAAAACCAAUUGCGAGAAUUACCGCAACGUUUCGGUGAUCUCAACAAAUUGGUUCGUUUGGAUCUAUACUCUAACCAAUUGCGGACAUUGCCAUUGAGUUUCAUCCAACUGUCCAAACUUAAGUGGUUAGACUUAAAGGGCAAUCCAUUGGAUCAAAAUCUGGCCAAAUUUGCCGGAGAUUGUGCUAAUCAAAGACAAUGUGAGUUAUGUGCUGUCAAUUGUCUUAAAUUCGUGAAGAAUGAAAAUAUCAGGACUGAGAAGGAAAAUAAUGAAAGACAGAAACUAUUACAAGAAAAACAAGAAUUGGAGAGACGUUUGGAAGAGAAGAAUAGAAAAGAAAAAGAGAAGAGAAAGGCUAAAAAUGCGAGAAGAAGUGCUCGAAAAGUACAACAGUUGACCGAUAAUAACAGUGAAGAUAAUGAUGAGGCUUAUGAUGAUCACAACAACAGUGAUCUUCAUAGUAAAAGAACUGAUUCAAAGAGAUCCAUGUCUUUUAUUAACAAUUUAUUUGGAUUUAUAUUAUUUUUGCUUAAAUUUUUCAUAAGUCUUUCAGUUGUUGUUUUUAUGCUAUUUAUUAUGAUAUCUUUAGGUUUAUAUCUACAAAAUGGACACAAAUUGCAUACUUUCGAUGAUAUCCUAACAGCUACUGUUGAUGGCAUCAAAUUAGCUCAAAAUUAUGAACAAUUCAUGAAAGAGACGACAACUCUUGUUAUAAAUAUAGUCAAUAAUUUGAAACAAUUAUAUAGACAAAUGUUUACACAAGUAAUUAAUGGAAACCAAAGUUGA